UAAGAAAACGUCUGUCCUCCAAACGGAGCCACCUCGGAUGCUCUCCUCUGUCUCUGUCUCUGUCUCUGUCUCUGGGUCUGGGUCUCGGUCGGUGCCGUCCCAAAUCCCAUAACGUUCGACAGUGCAGAUUCGCCGUCCCCACUGAUAUCACUGCCAUUUUCAUUUGAUUCUCCGAUUGCCUCUCCUUCUUCUUCGUAGCUUUUGCCGUCGCCGUCGGAAGCACACCCUUCAUAAUCAUCAAGUUGCUGUUGAGCAGCGAUCGCGACAUGGCGAAUUCGAUGUUUCUCGAAGACGGCCCUCGGGGCUCGACACGAAGUCCCUUUCUGCGUUCCGCUUCUGUCAAAGACGUCAGCUACAGCUGUGGCUCUUGUGGAUACGAGCUAUACCUCAGCUCCUUAAAUCGGAACAUGUCGACAAUUGGAACUAAAUACCGUAAGUCCAUAAAGAAAGGGAUCAUAUCGUUCUGUAAUAUUGAUGAGAGUAGAUUUACGCUGGUUGAUGAGCUGCAGUGCAUACCCUACUUCUCGAAACAAUCAUGGGGUUGGUUUAGGCGGAGAACCAGACUUCUUUGCCGCAAGUGUGGCAACCGUAUUGGCAUUGCGUAUGACCCAACUACUUCGUCUGAUCCGCUUGUAUCUGAUGGGCUAGAAUCAUGUUCGUCCAGUGAAGUUCCCAGUCAACGUAAAUAUGACAUAAGAAUUCGUGCCUUGCAGCCAUCAUCCUCUGAGGGAUCAUCGAUGUCCGUCUUUGUAUGAUAAAUACGAUUCCAAUGGGUUGGAUCAAGUCAAGGCAACCAAAAAUUUUACUUGAGAGUUUUUCCCUGUCUAAAGGUAGAAUGCUACGGUCAUGUUUGUAUUUUUCCCAUUUGUUGCAAGGGAUUACAUGUAUAGAAUAAUAAGAAUGCUGCUACUUUGAGGAUUGAUCUGUCUAUUACUGAUCGAAAUUAUAGACGCUACAUAUGGAAAUGGAUAUCACCAUGCUUCUGUGGGGAAAA